AUGAACGUUGCACGGGCGAGACGGCGUGGAAUGGCGACUGCGGCUGUGUGCUCGAUGCGAACAAUGUACACGUCGCAGUUGCCGGGGAGAUGUUUGAGGAGUGCUCGGGGCAGGCCUUGGCUAAGACGUGUUUUUCAAAGAACGGGUGGAGCGACAUCUUUGGAUCGGAGAGUGGGGCUAGACCUUGUCCAGACAGAUAGAGAAGUGGAUAGGGUGGUGUGA